CUAAAAUUGUGAAUUAAAAUAUUUUAAAUGUUAUAUUAAAGUAUUUCUCCCAAAAAUACUUUAUAACGAAAAACAAUUAAUAGGUAUAACGUGUAAACUUUUAAUUUAGGAAAUUGUUUCGUUUUACGGAGUCUCGAAUCAAGUUUCCGAACUUAUUCGUUUUGCGAAAUGUCAUCACAUUGUUCGAUGGAAAAGGAUGGUGUAAUGUUUUUGGUCGAUUAAUUUUUAAACUUUCUACCAUGGAGUCCAAUAAAACGGACGCCGAUAUUGGCGACAAGUGUAACAUAAACGGCGACUGUUCACCUGCUGAGAAAAAACAACCUUUAGACCUGAAUCACCCUAAAAAUAUUGACGACAUAUCUACGCCUUCCGAGCUGAAAUUUGAUGAAGAAUCCGACGUCGAGGACCCUGACAUUACAGAAAAAAGAAAGGAAAUAGAGAAAUGUCUCUCUAACCCGGACGUGGUUAAUUUGGAGCAGUGGCAGCACUUUGCCCGGAGCAAAGCUGGACUUAUUUGUGACGAAUAUAGAAGGAAGAUAUGGCCGUUGUUGGUGGGCGUGACGCGCGAGGAGAUGACGGACCCGCCGUCACUCGACGAGCUCUCCACACACAGCGAGUACAAUCAGGUGGUGUUAGACGUGAACCGCUCCCUGAAGAGGUUCCCGCCGGGCAUCCCCUACGAGCAGCGAGUGGCGCUCCAGGACCAACUCACAGUGCUCAUACUCAGAGUCAUCAUCAAGUACCCGCAUCUCAAGUACUAUCAGGGUUAUCACGACGUGGCGAUCACAUUGCUGCUGGUGUGCGGGGACCGCGCGUCAUUCCCGCUGCUGUGCCGCCUGUCGUACGGGCCGGCGGCCCCGCUGGCGCCGUUCAUGCAGGCCACCAUGCAACCCACGCAGCAUCUCCUCAACUACAUGCUGCCAGUCAUCAGCAGGGCUGAUAGGAAAGUCGCCGAGUGUUUGGAGAAAGCUGGAGUGGGUACCAUGUUCGCGCUACCGUGGUAUCUGACGUGGUUCGGCCAUUCGCUGAACCGGUACGCGGAUGUAGUGAGGCUGUACGACUACUUCCUGUGUGCGCCGCCGCUGUUUCCGGUGUAUGUGACGGCCGCCAUCGUGCUUCAUCGCGCCGACGAGGUCUACGAAUGCGAUUGUGAUAUGGCUAUGUUGCAUUGUCUGCUGUCCAGGUUACCGGAUGACUUGCCGUUCGAAGACAUCUUGGUGACGGGCGAGCGGCUGUACGAACAGAACGACCCCGCCGACCUCGAACAUGAAGUCGCUGCGCUGGAGAGGAGAGAAGAAGAGCAGCGUCGCGUGGACGAGGAGCGCGCGCGGCGGCGCCAGGCCGCGGCGCGCGCGCGUGCGCUGGCGGCGGGCUCGGUGCGCGCGCGCGUGUCGCGCGUGCUGUCGCGCUACAUGCCGCGCUACAUGCCGCGCGCGCUGCGCCACGCGCCGCUGUCGGGGCUGCUGGCCACCGCCACCGUGCUGCUCGGCGUCUACGUGUACUACCGCCCCGAAACCUUCUUCUCCAGCGACGCUUUAGACUACAUUUAGCCGAACGUACGAUAAGGGGGUGGCGUACAAAUAAGACUUAACUAUGUUAAACUUAGAAAUGCCUUAUGCAUGUGUAAAGGUGUGAUACACUAAUGAAGUUUUCUUGUAUGGGGUGAAUCAGAAUUUGACAAUAGAAACAAUAGAUUAUGGGGUAAGGGAUUAUAAUAGUUAUGAAAUAUUUAUUAUUUAGCUAUAUAUAAUGGCUGUUAUAAUGGCAUUAUGCGGGCAAAAAGUCUAACAGGAAGCGACGCGUUUAAUUUAGGAAUUUGUCGAAUUCUGAGUUACCCCAUCGUUCAUAUGUUUAAAAUCCGUACAAACUAAGUGAAGUUUUAAACCGGAUCCCGAUUUGUUAUAGUUUUUUUAUUGUGUAUUAUUACGCAAAUAUUAUAACUCCUGUUCCUUAGAUUCAGAGUGAGUAGUAUUAAGGGCUUUGAUGCGGGAAAAUUGCGUAUCCAAAGGGUACAUGAAUAAACGAUUUUCAAUACUAACUUUGUAUGCGAUACAUCGAAAUUUCUUUAUUAUUGUAGGCUUUGCAUUUUUUAUUAAUUACAAAUUAACAUACGGUAUAAAUGGGUUAUAUUUUAUUCUGUACCCUUUAGAUAUUUUUAACAUACAAUGUGUGAAUGAGUGUGUGUAAGUAAGUACGCAAGUACUGUCUAAAAUGCAUUAAUAUGGAUGAAAUAAUCUACGAUGUGCAAAUGAUUAUUUAAAAAGACAAUAAAAUAAUUACAGCCAUUUUCGGAACAAUUAAAAAAUACCAAAUGUCAAAGUAACAGAUGUAGAUUGUCGUUCCGUUUCAUGUGGACUUGCGUACGCUCAUGUUGGGUUUUUCUCUAUAACGUGUUUUGUGAUUAUUAAGUUCGGAAUUACAUAUGUUUAUUUAUUUUUGAAUAAUGAAUACCUCACAAUAAAAGCAACAAUGGCGCGCAAUUUAAGUAUUUUUUUUUUAGUUUACAUUGCUGUAAAAAACUACAUCUACUAUUGUUAUUAAAUUGAAAUGUUUUGAGGUAUUUGUUUAUUAAGGACCAAAAAUAUUGUUCCAAAUUUUCGUUUUGAAAAUACUAAAGAAAUUGUCCGUUAAUUUAAUUAACAAUUUGUUUGUAUAUUAUGUAUUUUGUGUGUUUAAAAUGUGAUAUGUAAAUUUAGGUUUAACUUUGAAUUCCUCAAUUUAAGGUCAAUUAAAUCCGGUAUAAUCGCCGAGGAAUUGUUUUUAAGCAUUUAUUAUUUUUUAUGAACACUGUCAGCCAGCCAAGCGAUGUAGCGUGAACAUACGACGUUGCGAACGAUUCUGUUGACGAUUGUACUAGUGCGUUGAUUUUUAUGAAAUUAUUUGAAUUUUGUGAUUGAAAGAUCUUUGUAAAUGUGUGAGUGUUAUGGUGUAUAUAGUUGGAUAAUUGUUAUGUAUUUAUAUAAAAUGAACAGGGGCGGUUCAGGGUUUAAACUGGAAAUGUUUUACAUCAAUUUUAAUUAAGCGGCGGGGGUCAUGGUCCCCAGUGACUGCUUGGAUCCGCCCCUGAUAAAUUAAUAAAAAUGUAGCAGCUGACAUUUAAUGUAACUUUUUGAAUGCGACUGUGAUCUCACGCCGUUCUAAAAUCCAGAGAAUGUCGCAAAAAUAUGUAACACUAAUGUAAUUAAAAAAAGUGACUUUAUGUUUAAAACUGUAACAUUUUAUAUUCAUUUUAAAUAUAAGUAAAUGUAAUAGUUACAAAAGAAUCAAAACCCCUAAGUUAGACUCAAGAUUUAAAAAUAUUGUAUGUAAGCAUAAAUUAUUUUGUAUUAGACAUCACAGAAAGUUUUACAAAAUAUUAUCGAUUUUAAAUAGAUCAUUUAAUACAAAAGUCAGCUGCUCCCCCAAAAAACUAGUAUUAAUAAGUACUGCUUUAGGAUAACGAAAUUUACAACAUUGAAUUAAAAUGAUUUUAUGCUUUAUUCUCGCGUGCACGUGCACACAUGCGUUCCGAUAAACCAAUACGAUUAAACGAUACGAUUUAUAUUGUGUAGAGAUAUUUGAUUGUGACAAAUCCUGCAAUACAUGUUAGAACAUGCUACGAUUAAUCUGUUAAUAGCCUUUUUUUUUUUUCAAUGAACUAUCCUAAUCUUCGAUCCGAUCCCGAGAAUACAAAACUGUUCUGAUUGGCUAAUUUUCAUGAUGGAUUGGAAAAAGUGAUUAGGGUCGUAUAUUAAGAAGGUUGGUUAGAUAAUAUCGACUAUCGAUUUAUCGGAAUGUGCUCGGUUGACAUUGUAUGGGACCACCCUAUUACCAUGUCGCCACUACAGGUAUAAAAAUCAUGCAAUUAAGGUAGCAACGUGAAAUAAAUUCCAUAAAAUUAUUUUAAUGCAAUAUGAAUAAGCUUUUGCAUACAUUUAAAUGUUUAAAUAUGCUCACGUGAGGUGUGUUUUAUUUUGUAAAUGACAUUUAAUAAUCCACGUAAAGGUACUGGAAGCAAGACACAUGCAAAAUGAAGCAUAGACAUUCGAAAUUUGGCGCUCGAGUUAGUUUAUAUAGCCUAGUUAGGAAUGGAACAGACUGACGAUACAAAAAUGCAUGUUCAAAACCUAAGAGUACGCAUCUCUAACUAAAUAUCUACGUGUGUAUUCUUUGUGAAUUAUCGUUUUAGCGGUGUAGAUAAACAUCGUGAGGAAACCUACAUACUUGAGAAUUCUCCAAAGAGCUAGUCGAAGUUAUAUGAAGUCUGCCAACCUGCACUAGGUUCGCGUAGUGACUAAAGCCUAAACUUUCAGUAGUAGAGGAGACCCGUGUCCAGCAGUGGCCAGUAGAUAAGACAUGGCUGGUAUAAUAUUAUAAACUGUAGAGUUCGAUUCCUCCACUAAGAUACAAAUGUUUUGUUUUAUCCGUACAUAUUGACUCGUGUCUUGGUAUUGGUGGACCGAAAGUUCGUCACAUUUCCUAUUACUCACAAAAUGUGAUUUGUUUCCGUUUAAAGUUAGAAGUCUCUACUCUGUUAAUCUAUUUCUGUUGUAUGUGGGCACACUGGUGUGUACGAAGCAGUCAUAUUAAACAUUUAAAUGUAUGGCUUCAAGUACUGAAGUGUAUGUUGUAUUUAUUGUUUGUAAUGCACAUUAACUUGCGAUGGCUGUAUUAUGUAUAAACACAUAGGUAUGUCGCAAUGACUGUUAAUAAAUCGGGAACGAAGCCCGUUACUGA